UUCCGGAAGUUCGAAAGGAGUAUCAUGUGACAGGAAAACAAAUUUAACAAAUCUGACAGAUAUCUUAGCUAUACACAACCAUUUUUCAAGAUGAUGAACUAUCAGGAUAUGUAUUUUAAUAUCGACCAUGGAUACCUCGAAGGACUGGUUCGAGGUUUCAAGUCAGGAAUUCUGAAAAAGGGCGAUUAUUUGAAUCUGGUUCAGUGUGAAACUCUAGAAGACCUAAAGUUGCACCUGCAGAGUACUGACUAUGGCAACUUUCUCGCCAAUGAGCCCAGCCCAUUGUCUGUGUCCACCAUCGAUGACAAACUGAAGGAGAAGCUCGUGAUUGAGUUCAACCACUUGAGAAACCACUGCCUCGAACCACUAGCAACAUUUCUUGACUAUAUCACGUACAGUUACAUGAUAGACAACAUCAUUCUGCUGAUCACAGGAACAUUACGACAGAGGCCAAUCAGUGAGCUGAUCCCCAAGUGUCACCCCCUUGGCAGUUUUGAACAGAUGGAAGCCAUUCACAUUGCUUCCACGCCAGCAGAGCUCUAUAAUGCAGUGCUCGUAGACACACCUCUAGCCCCAUAUUUCAUGGACUGUAUAUCGGAGCAGGAUCUUGAUGAGCUGAACAUAGAAAUCAUCAGAAACACCCUGUAUAAGGCUUACUUGGAAGACUUCCACCAGUUUUGCCAGAGUCUAGGGGGGGCCACUAUGGAAUCUAUGUGUGAAGCCCUCGCUUUUGAGGCUGACAGGCGGGCUUUCAUCAUCACCAUCAACUCGUUUGGCACAGAGUUGACGAAGGAGGACCGGGCAAAGCUGUACCCUCGCUGUGGGAAACUUUACCCUGAUGGUCUUGGGCUUCUUGGACGGGCAGAUGACUAUGACCAAGUCAGGGGAGUGGCUGAUAGCUAUGCAGAAUACAAGGAACUGUUUGAUGGAGCAGGCAAUAAUGUUGGGGACAAAACUCUCGAGGACAAGUUUUUUGAACACGAGGUGAAGCAGAUGAAGAACUCAUUCAUGAUGCAGUUCCAGUUUGGAGUGUUCUACGCGUACGUGAAACUGAAGGAGCAGGAGAACCGGAACAUUGUCUGGAUCGCCGAAUGCGUCGCCCAGCGACACAGAGCCAAGAUUGACAGCUACAUCGAGAUCUUCUAGCUGGGAAUACACGGGGGCAUAAGAGUCGCUUGGUUGAUGGUGGGGUGUUAUCAGUGAUCAAGAAACACUUAUCGUAAAGGAGUUUUGAUGAAAAUUUGGAUUAUUCUAAAUCAGAACUUAAUUAAAAGUUUUUUUGUAAAUAGAAACCAGUAGAUAUUUGUUAUGUUAUUAAAACUUAAAAUAAUUAUGUUAUUUUUUUGGGAAGUGAUGUGCAUAAUUUUAGUUUAUGUCAUUAGCACCUUCUACUUGUAAAAGACAUAUUUCAAAUGAAGUUUAAAAGGUUUUACUUGAAGUUGUGUUCUUCAAAACUGAAAGUAAAUAAAUAAAAAUCCUAUUGAUAAAUGUAGCUGCAGGUCAGACGAUGCAUUCCAUGUGUUAUUAUUGUGGUUGUUUUUGUCGCUAUAACUGCGGGCCAUUCAUUCUAGUCUCUCAUAGAUUCCACAGGUCUUUAAUAAUGGACAUGUUUUAGGAUUGCGUCUGAAAUGACAAAAAAAUGUCUUAUCUAGGUUCAUUGUGCCACUGGAGUUUAUUGAUUAGAUAUUUGUCAUUCAAUGGCUCCAUGUGCAUGCUUUAACAGUUCUUUCUUGAAAUCCAUGUCCGCUAGAUUUAUAUCAGAAUUAUAACCAAGAUUAGCCAUUGUAUGUGCAUAGUGAAUUGUGUAUGUGUAAAGUUUGAUUAAGGUAUUAGAUGUGAAAUGUGAAAUUCUGAUGCCCGAUAACCCCUGUAAUAUUUUGAUAUCAUAUUAAUGGUUUAAAUACAGAUACAGAUAUUACAAACACACUAUUUUGGCCUUGAAUAAUUGAAAAUUGUUCAUUUAUUUCACUUCCCAUUUGAGUUAAAAUGAAGAACAAAAUUAAAAUACAAACUGCCAUAACUUUAUCUGUAAUGUAUUUUAGGUCAUUUAUUUUACAUAUUUAAAAUCCAUUAGCAAUUUCUUGCUACCAGUAUUACAUGGGGUCUGAAAUUUAACAUUAUUGCCAAUCAGUAACUUAAUUAAGUUAAUGUAUAACUACCUGUUUAAAACUGACAAGAUACGCAGACUUUGAUCUUGUUAAGAAAUAUUGUAUGUAGGUGGAAUCAAUUUCUGUCAAGAGAUAAUAUCUGUUAUGAUUUGUUCCAGAACUGGAUGUUGUCAUUUAAAUACAAUAUUGUGUUGUUGUCACCGACGUUAUAUAAAUGUACAUGUAAAACUAUAUUGUGAAAGAGUAAAAAGAGACAAGAA